AUGGGGUUAGAGCAGAGUAAACAGAGGUUCAUAUGGGUGUUGAGAGACGCCGAUAGAGGAGAUAUCUUUGAAGGGGAAGCUAGAAAAGUUGAGUUGCCUGAAGGAUUUGAGGAAAGAGUAAAAGAGGUCAGGUUAGUGGUAAGAGAAUGGGCACCACAACCAGAAAUCUUGGCUCAUUCGUCUACAGGCGGGUUCAUGAGUCAUUGUGGAUGGAAUUCUUGCAUAGAGAGUAUAACUAUGGGAGAGCCUAUUGCUGCUUGGCCUAUGCAUUCUGAUCAACCAAUAAAUGGUUUCUUCGUGACAGAAAUACUGAAAACAGGCCUGCUUAUUAGAGAAUGGGAGAAACGCGAGGAGCUAGUAAGUGCAUCCACUAUUGAGAAUGUCGUGAGGAAGUUGAUGGCAUCAGAAGAAGGUGACCUGAUUAGAAAAAGAGCAGAAGAAUUGGGAGAAGCUGUAAGGCAGUCCACAGAGAAAGGGGGAGCUUCUUGA